CAGCAAAAAUGGGCGUGGUCUGUUAGAACAGCUGGUGGGGGCUCCUGUGCGGCGUUUGGGUCGAACGGUUGGUUGGUCGAUGGGGGAAACAACAACAAGCUAGACAUCAUGAGGGUCCCUGAAACACUGAUUUGGGCCGCUUUUCUCAUCCACAAGGCGGUGGGAGAGUACGGCAUGGCCCAUUUCAGUGACAAGGGCAAGAGCAAAGGAAAGGAUUACUGCAUAUUCUUCAACUCCCAGUGGGCACGUCUACCUCAGGACCUCAACAAGGCAUCCCGUCUUCAGAUCUAUGACCUGACCACGUCGGUCCUGUGCUCGCCCUCGGAGGUCCCGGAGGGAGGUUUCCCAAAUUGCAUCCCCAUGGUGAUGAGAGGCAACUGCACUUUCUAUGAAAAAGUCCGACUGGCCCAGAUUAAUGGCGCCAAGGGCCUGCUCAUCGUCAGCAAGGACAGACUGACACCACCAGCAGGAAACAAGUCUCAGUAUGAGGAGAUUGACAUCCCGGUAGCACUGCUCAGCUACUCUGACAUGCUGGAUAUAAGCAAGACCUUUGGCAAAGGACAGCUGGUUGCCAUGUACGCACCGAACGAGCCGGUGCUGGACUACAACAUGGUGAUCAUCUUUCUUAUGGCGGUAGGAACGGUCGCCAUAGGAGGUUACUGGGCUGGCAGCAGGGACAGCAAGAAACGCUACAUGAAGCACAAGCGGGACGACAGCGCGGAGAAGCAGGACGAGGAGACCGUGGACGUCACGCCCAUCAUGAUCUGUGUGUUCGUGGUCAUGUGCUGCAGCAUGCUGGUGCUGCUCUACUUUUUCUACGACCGCCUGGCCAUUUGGGUCAUAGCCAUCUUCUGUGUGGCCUCCUCUGUCGGCCUCCACAGCUGUUUGUGGCCUUUUGUCAGGAGACUCCCGUUCUGCAAGUGCAGGGUCCCAGAGAACAACCUGCCGUACUUGCACAAACGGCCGCAGAUCCGCAUGUUGCUGCUGUCGGCCUUCUGCAUUGGUGUCAGCAUCACCUGGAUGGUGUUUCGCAACGAAGACCAGUGGGCGUGGGUGUUACAGGACGCCCUGGGGAUCGCCUUCUGUCUCUACAUGCUCAAAACAGUCAGACUCCCCACAUUUAAGGCUUGCACCUUACUACUGACGGUCCUGUUUGUCUACGACGUUUUCUUCGUAUUUAUUACACCCUAUCUAACAAAUAGCGGAGAGAGCAUAAUGGUGGAGGUGGCGGCUGGUCCCUCCGACUCCUCCACGCACGAAAAGCUUCCCAUGGUGCUCAAAGUGCCAAGGUUAAACUCCUCUCCCCUGGCGCUUUGCGACCGGCCUUUCUCCCUCCUGGGCUUUGGCGAUAUCUUAGUACCAGGUCUGCUGGUGGCGUACUGUCACAGGUUUGACAUUUUAACGCAAUCCUCCAGGAUCUACUUUGUGGCCUGUACGGUCGCCUACGGCGUCGGCCUGCUCAUCACCUUCGUGGCCCUGGCCGUGAUGCAGAUGGGUCAGCCGGCCCUGCUCUACCUGGUGCCUUGCACUCUGCUCACCAGCCUGGCUGUAGCGCUGUGGCGCAAGGAGUUGCCCCAGUUCUGGACUGGAAGUGGAUUUGUGCCUGCCAUAGUGCUCGCACCUAUCAACUGUACGCAAACCGCGGCACCACAGGUAGAAGGGCCCUCGACUAAACCGGAGCCACAGACCACAGGCUUGACCAAUCAGAAUGAAGACUCACCCCAGCACCCGCCUCAGGAAACGCCCCCAGCUGAGAAAGAUGAGAAGGAAAGCAAAUCUGAGUGACAGGAUGUCGAGUACGGCAUUUAACAUUUCACUUUAUGUUUUAUUUGUUGUUGAGGGGUUUUGUGUGUUUUUUUUUUUCUACAUUGUGUCUCAGUCAUUGGACAUUUUGAAUAUGGACGUUUAUUUGCACUUGGUGCGAAGGGAAGAGCAGGAAGUUUGGCUCAGCGGGGCACCGGGAUCGGAUACAUGAGAUGGAGGCUUUGAAACUGAUAAACACCUCAUUGAUAAAACCUGCACAGCUGCCCCAACACCUUCUUCUGCUAACACACAGUGUGCACCCCCUCUAUAGGGAGAGAGAAGCCCGAUUCUGAAGCUACACAUGCUGUUCAACACUAAAUAUUCCCCUUAAGCUGAGGCUCUUGACAGCCCUGAAGGCUCGAUCACACCAGAAAUUAAAAGGGUGAAACUUGGCAGGAAACUCACUUUGCUGCGAUUAGUUGAUUCGCUCACAGGGAUGACGCAAAGGGAGGAAGAAUUAUUUGCAAAGUAGAGCUGCAGCAAUUCUUUGGUCAAUAGAAAAUGAACGAACCAAAUUAUUAUUUUAGUAUUUUGUUUGAUUUGCUGGUUCCUGCUUCUCACUUGUGGGGAUUUUAAGCUUUUCUGUGUCAUACAUUAAAACAAACUGAAUAUCUUUGGGGUUUGAACUGUUAAUCAAAGGAAGCAACAUAACUGUGUUAACCGAGUGUAUGACGUCAUGAGGACCAAAUGCCAGGUGGGAGUCGAUGGCCCAACACAGAUGAAAUACAAACAAGCUUGGAUAUCAUUAUGACUUGACUAACUGUUUUCUGCUGGAUAGCGUGUUAGCGGUUAGCUCGCAAGCUGCAACAGUUUACCGCAAAGCCCUGCAAAUAAUCACUCCAUCUCCAAGCCUGUAGAUUUCAGAUGAUCAGAUGUUUCACUCUGCCACUUUUCUGGUGUGAGAGGGCCUUAAAGGUCUCACUAUGCUUCAAAUGAACUUGUUUGUACGACAGGUUUUCCUCGAAGGUGUUUAAGUUGCCAUAUGUGGUCAUACACCUUGUGUGAUUUCGCUGUCACUUUUGGAAAAUUACCAAAAAAAAAUAAUUACUGUCCGAUGCUGCUGCCCUUCGUCUGAAUGUCAGAAAGGCGGCGGAAUUAAGACACUGCUGUGGUCCAAUAAGCACGUACCCAUUUUAAGCAUACCGAGACCUUUAUUCUGAAAAGCACACAAAAUCACCCACUGCAUAACAAGCCAUUUCAGCUGUUCCCUCCACGACACUGUAAGAGUUUCACAUCAAGUUUUGUUUUUUUGUGUUCUCAGCUGAAACAUUUCUUGAUGCUUUCUCAUCCUGCUUUUUGGUAUAUUUUGUUUUGCAUGCCAUUAUUUAGAUUUUUACCCUUUAUGUAAAACCAGUGUAUAAUCUUUAGUACAGAAUUUGUGUACAUUAGCGGCGGCGCGACAGUUAAAAUGUUGGCCACUGCAGAUUUGACCCCCACACCCCCAGUCGUUAACUCAUACUGUCUUAAGAAUUUGAUUUUGGCCUUAAAUGUGUCCACGCUGAGAGUUGCAGCUGAAUGUGUCACAUGUAAAAAGUUGCUUUAUGAAAAACACGAGUACUGUACUGUAACCGAUGAUGUGCUGCGGUCUGCCGUCUGAAGAGCGAGUGACAGGCUGUGUUGCCAGCGUAUGAAGCAUUUGCACAAUAUUUUUGAAUUCACGGGCUGAUGGAAGUUGUUGGUUCGUGUCCUACGUUUAUGCAUACUCGUAAAAGGUUGUAAGAAACAGAAACGAAGGUGUCGACGUAUCCUAUAGUCAUCCUGCUUUUGUUCACCUCUGACCUCAGCAGUCAUUACAUUCUUCACACCGGUACACAUUUCUGAUUCUCAGUCAUUUAUGAUGCCUGUUAAGUAUCAAGUUCAGCAUUUCUGUGCAGAACGUUGAGGUCAGGGGUGAAAAUGAUUUGGUCGCUUAAGUUGCCUGGGCGUGUGCCCUCGCUGAUUUCCAGGACUGUGAGAUUAAUCAUUCACCGAUAUCGUUUGUUGUCACCAAGUGGUUUUUAAUGCCUCUGUUGAGGAGUACAUACAAUAAAUCAAACAUUAUAUCUGA